CCAAUCAAUCCAAUGACAGAUACAGCACCUCUUGAUAACCAAAGCUCGCAUUCCAUAGAUGCUAUUGCCAGAUGUCUAGAAGAAGCUAAAAUUGCCUCAGAGCAGAACAACGAAACCUCAUUACCUUUGGAACCAACAGAUCCUUCCCAUCCAGAUUCACUUACUCCUCCAUUGAUACAUGAUUCUGCUGAGCACACUCAAGAUACUCAGGAGAGCAGUCAUCGUCAGUCACGAAUUAUCGUCCCUGCCCAGGAAUAUCUUGUAAAGACUAUUGACUGGUAUAGCCACGAUAAAAAACAAAAGCAAAUCAUCCGUAUAGUGACCCAGAAUGAGAACGGUCCUUGUCCUUUGGUGGCUAUAUGCAAUGUUCUCCUUCUUCGAGAGGAAAUCACCAUUCUCCCUCCUGAUAGAGAGAUGGUAACUUUUGAAUAUCUUAUCGAACGCCUAGGAGACUAUUUGUUAAACCACGGACCUGCCGAACAAAAGUUUCAGGCUAAACGCGGUGAUAUACCCACUAGCCCCUCCUCAUUAUCAUUAUCGAACGAAUUGAUACUGUCAGAUCAUGAGUCUGAAGCUAAACCUUCGAAGAUGAUUACAAGGCAAUCUACCACAGAACAUGUUGCUACCUAUCGUUACAACCUCGAUUCUGCUCUUUCCAUCCUUCCGAAUCUUCAGACUGGCCUUGAUGUCAAUAUAGGAUUCUCUUCGAUUCGUGAUUUUGAGCCUACAGAGGAACUUGCCAUGUUCGAUCUCUUUGAUGUGGACUUGAUUCACGGCUGGGUUGCUGAUCCUCAAGAUAGCCAGACGUUCGACCUUGUUACCAAAUGCGGAUCCUAUAAUUCUGUAGUAGAGUGCAUUGUACAAGGUGAUGCAAUUAGUAGUGAACUUGACAAUCCGGACAACCAAAAGGUUCUUUCUCCUGAAGCUGAAAGAAGUAUAACAGAAGGUCUUGUUGCAGCAUCCUUUCUUCAGGACACAGCUACACAGCUCACUUAUUAUGGCCUCCAACUGUUAAUGGACUCUAUACCGAAAAACAAGCUAUGUGUUUUGUUCCGUAAUAAUCAUUUCUCUACAUUGUACAAACACCCGGAGACUGAAGGGCUUUAUACUCUUGUAACAGACUCGGGUCUAGUAAAAGAACGUUCAUUUGUCUGGGAAAGCUUAGCUGAUAUCGACCAAGGUGCUUCGGAAUUCUUUGACGGGCUUUUCAAUAAGCCUUUUCUCGAAAGCACACAAGACGCUGAUAGAGGACGGAUAUCUGAUAUGGACUUGGCUAUUGCGCUCUCUCUCGAGGACCAGCGUAAUACUGAGAUUGCCUUGUCUAAUAAUGAUUUGGUUGAGCCAUUGAAGCCAACUCCUGUCAAAGAACCUUCUUCCAAACGUGCUAGUCAACUGACUAUGGCUUCGACUGAAUCUACCAAGAAAAAGCGCCAGAGCUGUAACAUAUCUUAGCUGUAUGUGGUACAUGAUAAUGAUAAUACAUUUUAUUGUGCUUAUAAAAGUCUAUUUAAUAUCACCACAAAAAACACAUGUACAUCCCCCCCUUUUUCUCACUAUCUCUCUCUCUCUCUUUCUCUAUUAAUUUUGGAGUUCUUUCUUUUCUUUUCUUUUCUUUUCUUUUCUUUAUUACCUUUAUAUAUAUA